AAAUAUUAGACUCCAUGGUUUUAUCGAAAGUGCAGUUGGAGGAUGGGAGGAAAGGUGCGCCACGCCGGAAGUGGCUGGGCGGUGUCACGCGUUCCCCUCACGGAAGGAGGCGGUGCCUCGCCGGAGCCGUUACCGCCCGCUUUCCGUUCGCGUCGUCCUGAGCUGAACUGCGCGAGAGCGAGGCCGCUCCGCCCGGAAAGUCGGUCCGGCUCCGGGCGUGGCCAGCGUUGCUCAACCUUCUCCACGGCCUUCCCGACGCUGCUCGCCCUCUUCAGAGGAGCGGCGGCGGGGUCGCCUCAGGCCGGGCCAGCGCCGACGCGCGGAGCCGAGCUUUGUGGUAGUUGAUAACAGUGAACAAUAUAUAGUAGUUCUCACUUAGUGCGCGAUGACUUUGCUAAAAACGUCUCCUUCAGAUCCAAAUUUUCAGUCUUGCCGUUUUCCACAAUUUGAAGAUUCUGAUUCCCUGGACCCCUUCCGAAGGAAGACAGGAGAGAAGCUCACUGAACGUUUCCCUCUUAUCUGCGCAGCUGAGAAGUAGUGAAAAACAGACAGAUUAUAGAGUAUUUUUAGGAGACCAAGAUGUCAGACCCAAACAAAGCUGCCAUUGCUGCAGAAAAGGAGGCUCUGAACUUGAAGUUACCUCCCAUUGUCCAUCCUCCUGAAAACAUAGGUGUUGAUACACCAACACAAAGUAAGCUUCUGAAGUACAGAAGAUCCAAGGAGCAAAGGAAGACAAUUAAUCAGUUAGUAAUUGAGGGAGCCAAAAAAAAAUUAGACAAAACACUAAGUAAAAGGACACCUUUAUCACCAGAGCCAGAUGAUCCUCCAAUCAUGACCAGUGAAAUUAAAAAGAAAGGAUUGAACUAUAUUUAUAUGAAGCAAUGUGUAGAAAGUAGUCCUAUAGUACCUAUUCAGCAGGAAUGGCUGGAUCACAUGUUAAUGCUGGUACCUGAGUCUUUAAAGCAAGGGAAAAAAAGAGAGGAACUCCUUCAAAGUCUCAUCAGUGAAGUGUCAAGUGACUUUGAAAAAAGCACGAAGAGGUAUUUGGUGAAGAGUGUUCUUAUGAAACCUCCAGUUAACUGGCUUGAAGAUGAUGGAGGUCCUUUACCUGAAUUCCCUGUAGGCCUAGAUUAUUCCAAUCCUUGGCAUUGUAGCUAUGUGCAGGCAAGAAAUCAAAUACUAUCUAAUUUGCACAUUGUUCAUCCAAUUAUGAAGAUGUUACUGGACCUUGGUUACAAGACAUUUGCUAAUACACUUUUGCUGGACUUAACAGGAAUUAGAGCUAAAGGCCCAAUUGAUUGUGAAUCACUGAAAAAUGAUCUAUCAAUACAAGCUAGGAAGGCAGAAGAGAAGAUAAUGAACACAUGGUAUACAAAGGUUAUAAAUCUUUUUACCAAGAAGGAAGCUCUCGAAGGCAUUAAACCUGAAAAGUUGGAUUCAUUUUAUAACUGUGUUUCAACACUUAUGUCAAAUCAGAUAAAGGAUCUCUUAAAGAGAACUAUAGAAGGAUUUGUAAAACUCUUUGACCAAGGAGAUGAACGAGGGCUGCCGAUAUUUAAGAUGGAAUUGACAAUUGAUGAUGAGAAAAUGGAAUUUUACCCUACCUUUCAAGAUUUGGAAGAUGUUGUUUUUGGUUUGGUAGAGAGAAUAGCUGAAGCUCUGCAGAAUGUCCAGUCAGUACCCUCUUGGCUAUCAGCAGCUUCACCACCUGUAAAUCUUGACACAGAACUUCCAGAACACAUGUUACAGUGGGCACUUGAUGUGCUAAAGGUGGAAAUACAUCGUAACUUAGAAGGUGCAAGACAACACUAUGAGACAUACGUUGAAAAAUAUAAUUGGCUCCUUGAUGGCACUGCAGUUCAGCUGAUAGAGACUUUUCAGGCGGAAGAUCACACUUUUGAUGAAUACACAGAGUUUAUAGAAAAAUUUUUCAACCUUGCCUCAGAAAUAAUGCUUUUACCUCAGUGGGUUCAUUUCCCUAUGGUUCGUUUGGAUUGUGAAGAUUUGAAGACAGGCCUAACAAAGAAAGCAAGAGCCUUUGCAAAUAAAUUAUUAAAUGACAUAGCUACAAAACAUAGAAACGAAAAUGAAUGUAUUUGCAGUGAAUUUGAAGCAAUUAAAGAACAUGCAUUAAAAAUCCCUGAGACAACAGAAGAGAUGAUGGAUCUGAUAGCUUAUGUCGAAAAAGCCCGAACCAUAAGAAUGCAGGAUUUGAUUUCAAGAAUCCAGGAAUCCAAACGCCGAAUGAAUUACUUUUUAGAUGUUUUUAUAUUUCCUCAAGAAGAGUUAGCUUUGAAUUCAGCUGUUCUUUUGUGGCCUUGGAAAAUUUAUCCCAUCUUUGAUGAAAAUGAUGAGAUAAUUGAAGUUGCUAAACGCAAAAAAGAAAAUGAGUUAAUAGCCAAGAGAGAGAAAUUGAUUUUGGAACUAGAAAAGGAAUCACGCCGCAUGGAGGAGUUUGCAGAAUUUGCAGAACUGGACCGCAUGCAACAGUAUGUGACCGAUGUAAGACAACUGCAAAAACGUAUUCAGGAAUCUGAAGAAGCAGUUCAGUUUAUUAAUAAAGAAGAAGAACUUUUCAAGUGGGAAGUGACAAAAUAUCCUGAAUUGGAUAAAUUGAAAGUUAACAUUGAGCCCUAUCAGAAGUUUUUUAAUUUAGUCUUGAAGUGGCAACGAACAGAAAAACGGUGGAUGGAUGGAGGGUUUUUGGAUCUUAAUGGGGAAAGCAUGGAAGCUGAUGUAGAUGAAUUUUCCCGAGAGAUUUUUAAGACACUGAAAUUUUUCCAAAUGAAACUGAAGAAGGAAUUACAAGAAAAAAGAAAGUUAGCAAAAAGACGAUCUCUGGGAGAAGAGAGAGUUGAAGAAGAACCAAAAGAGAAUCCUACUAUUAAUAUGUGCUCUACAGUAAUGGAGAACAUAAAAGUUUUUAAGGAAAAUAUCCCUACUGUCUCCAUCCUAUGCAAUCCAGGAAUGAGAGCACGUCACUGGAAACAGAUGUCAGAAAUUGUAGGCUAUGACUUGACUCCAGACUCUGGAACUACACUGAGAAAAGUUUUAAAAUUAAACCUUACACAAUACUUGGAACAAUUUGAAGUGAUAAGUGCAGGUGCAAGCAAGGAAUUUUCAUUAGAAAAGGCUAUGCAUACAAUGAUGGGAACUUGGGAUGAUAUUGCUUUUCAUGUAAGUCUAUAUCGUGAAACUGGAGUCUGUAUUCUUUCUUCAGUAGAUGAGAUUCAGGCUCUCCUUGAUGAUCAAAUUAUAAAAACUCAGACAAUGAGAGGAUCACCUUUCAUUAAACCAUUUGAAAAAGAGAUCAAGGCCUGGGAGGACCGUUUGAUUCGAAUACAAGAAACGAUUGAUGAAUGGUUAAAAGUACAAGCUCAAUGGCUAUACUUGGAGCCCAUUUUUUGCUCUGAGGAUAUCAUGCAACAGAUGCCAGAAGAAGGACGUCAAUUUCAGACAGUAGACAGACAUUGGAGAGAUGUUAUGAAGUUUUGUGCAAAAGAUCCAAAGGUUCUUGCUGCUACUUCUUUAACAGGUUUAUUGGAAAAACUACAGAGCUGCAAUGAACUUUUGGAGAAAAUUAUGAAAGGGCUUAAUGCAUAUCUUGAAAAAAAACGACUUUUCUUCCCUCGUUUCUUCUUCUUAUCUAACGAUGAAAUGUUAGAGAUUUUGUCAGAGACCAAAGAUCCACUUAGAGUUCAGCCUCAUUUAAAAAAAUGCUUUGAGGGCAUUGCUAAAUUGGAGUUCCUUCCCAAUUUGGACAUUAAGGCCAUGUAUAGUUCUGAAGGUGAGCGCGUGGAGCUGAUUGCACUUAUUUCCACGUCUGCAGCACGAGGAGCUGUGGAAAAGUGGCUGAUUCAAGUGGAAGAUUUAAUGCUCCGGAGUAUUCAUGAUGUGAUUGCUGCAGCCAGGCUGGCUUAUCCAGACUCUACAAGAAGAGACUGGGUUCGAGAGUGGCCUGGACAAGUUGUACUUUGUGUUUCUCAAAUGUUCUGGACUUCUGAGACACAGGAAGUUAUAAGUGAUGGGACAAAGGGAUUAAUUAAGUACUAUAAGGAACUUCAGAAUCAACUAAAUGAUAUUGUAGGGCUGGUAAGAGGAAAACUAUCGAAGCAGACCAGGACUACUCUGGGCGCUUUGGUUACUAUUGAUGUUCAUGCUAGAGACGUGGUCAUGGACAUGAUUGAUGUGGGUGUCUCACAUAAUACAGAUUUCCAGUGGCUUGCUCAGCUUCGAUAUUACUGGGAAUAUGAGAAUGCUCGAGUUCGCAUCAUUAAUUGCAAUGUCAAAUAUGCUUAUGAAUAUCUUGGCAACUCACCUCGACUUGUCAUUACUCCUCUAACUGACAGAUGUUACAGAACAUUGAUAGGUGCCUUCUAUUUAAAUCUUGGAGGUGCUCCAGAAGGACCAGCAGGCACAGGAAAAACUGAAACCACCAAGGACUUGGCUAAAGCUCUUGCUGUACAGUGUGUGGUGUUCAACUGUUCAGAUGGGUUAGAUUAUCUAGCAAUGGGAAAGUUUUUUAAAGGAUUGGCUUCUUCUGGUGCUUGGGCUUGCUUUGAUGAAUUUAAUCGAAUUGAGUUGGAAGUGUUGUCAGUGGUAGCUCAACAGAUCCUUUGCAUUCAGAGAGCCAUUCAACAGAAGCUGGAUGUGUUUGUUUUUGAAGGGGCAGAACUUAAACUCAAUCCCAACUGUUUUGUAGCUAUUACCAUGAAUCCUGGCUAUGCGGGACGUUCUGAAUUGCCAGACAAUCUUAAGGUUCUUUUUAGAACAGUGGCUAUGAUGGUUCCAAACUAUGCCCUCAUAGCAGAAAUCUCCCUCUACUCCUAUGGAUUUUUGAAUGCAAAACCUUUGUCUGUGAAGAUAGUAAUGACCUAUAGGCUUUGCUCAGAACAGCUCUCAUCGCAAUUUCAUUAUGACUAUGGAAUGCGAGCAGUGAAAGCAGUUUUAGUGGCUGCUGGAAACCUAAAACUAAAAUUUCCAAAUGAAAAUGAAGAUAUACUUCUUCUUCGAUCAAUUAAAGAUGUAAAUGAACCAAAGUUUUUAUCACAUGAUAUACCCUUAUUUAAUGGAAUAACUAGUGACUUAUUUCCUGGCAUUAAACUUCCUGAAGCUGACUAUCAUCUCUUCCUUAAUAGUUUUAUGUUAGUAGGAGAACCUUUUGCUGCUAAGACAGAAGUUCUGCAUGUGCUGGCUGAUACUCUAACUCUUAUGCAUGAACGUGGCUAUGGAGAGGAAGAAAAGGUCAUUUAUAGGACUGUAAACCCCAAAUCCAUUACUAUGGGCCAACUUUUUGGACAGUUUGACCCAGUAUCUCAUGAGUGGACUGAUGGUAUUGUGGCUAACACUUUUAGAGAAUUUGCCUUAUCAGAAACAACUGACCGGAAAUGGGUUGUAUUUGAUGGUCCCAUUGACACCUUGUGGAUAGAGAGCAUGAACACAGUAUUGGAUGAUAAUAAAAAGCUUUGCCUUAUGAGUGGAGAAAUCAUUCAAAUGUCCCCUCAAAUGAGCCUAAUCUUUGAAGCAAUGGACCUUUCCCAGGCCUCACCCGCCACUGUAAGCCGCUGUGGCAUGAUUUAUUUGGAACCCUCACAAUUAGGAUGGGAACCGCUUGUGUCUUCAUGGUUGAGUUCACUGAAGGGACCUUUACAGGAACAUGAAAAUCAGGCUCUUCUGAGAGGACUUUUUGACUGGUUAAUAUGGCCCUCUUUAAGGCUUCGUAAGAAACAGUGCAAGGAACUGAUUCCUACAAGUGAUAGCAAUGCAGUUGUAUCUCUCACACGCCUCUUUGAAGUACUCCUCUGUGAUGUGGUAGAAAAUGAUCCUACAAGCAAGCACAUUCAUGUUUGGAUUAUGCAGGCUUGCUUUAUGUUUUCUUUGAUUUGGUCCAUUGGAGGAAGUUGUGAUACAAAUGGUCGCAUUAUUUUUGAUUCUUUCCUACGAUCAGUCAUGCUGGGAAAUAUUGAAAGCAUCCCAGUGCCUGAUUCUGUGGGUAAAUGGGAAUGCCACUUUGAUGAAAAAGGCUUGGUAUAUGAUUACAUGUAUGAGUUGAAAAACCGAGGUCGCUGGGUCCAUUGGAAUGAAUUAAUUAAAAGUACUGAUUUAGGAGAUAAACGUAUCAAGAUUCAAGAUAUCAUAGUUCCUACAAUGGACACAGUUAGAUAUACAUUUCUAAUGAAUUUGAGUAUUACCUAUGCCAAGCCACUGCUUUUUGUGGGUCCAACUGGUACAGGAAAAUCAGUGUAUGUGAAGGAUAAGCUAAUGAAUCACUUGGAAAAGAACCAGUAUUUUCCUUUUUAUGUUAAUUUCUCUGCACGGACCAGUGCCAACCAGGUUCAGAACAUUAUUAUGGCAAGAUUGGAUAAAAGACGCAAAGGAGUUUUUGGACCACCUAUGGGAAAGAAGUGUAUAAUUUUUAUAGAUGAUAUGAAUAUGCCUACAUUGGAGAAAUAUGGAGCUCAACCUCCUAUUGAAUUAUUACGACAGUUUUUUGACUGUGGGAAUUGGUAUGACCUUAAGGACACAAGUAAAAUCACAUUGGUUGACAUACAGCUGAUUGCUGCCAUGGGCCCUCCAGGUGGUGGAAGAAAUCCAGUCACUCCCCGUUUUAUUCGACAUUUCAACAUCUGCACUAUUAAUGCUUUUAGUGAUGAAACAAUGGUCCGAAUCUUCUCAUCAAUUGUAGCAUUCUACCUUAGGACUCGUGAUUUUCCUCCUGAGUUCUUCUUAAUUGGAAACCAAAUUGUCAGUGGGACUAUGGAGAUAUACAAACAAUCCAUGAAAAAUCUUUUGCCCACUCCCACAAAAUCUCAUUACACUUUCAACUUGAGGGAUUUUUCACGUGUCAUCCAGGGCUGCUUACUCAUUGAAAGAGAUGCCGUGGGGAGCAAGCACACCAUGAUCCGGCUGUUCGUGCAUGAGGUUCUUCGAGUGUUUUAUGAUCGCCUCAUUAAUGAUGAGGAUCGAUAUUGGCUGUUCAAUUUAAUCAAAGUUGUUAUAAAGGAGCACUUUAAAGAAUCAUUUGAUAGUGUCUUUUCACAUUUGAGGAAAGAGAAUGCACCAGUAACUGAAAAGGACUUAAGAAAUCUUAUGUUUGGUGACUAUAUGAAUACUGACCUUGAAGGAGAUGACAGAGUUUAUAUUGAAAUUCCAAAUAUUCAUCAAUUUAGUGACAUUGUGGACCAAUGCUUAGAUGAAUAUAAUCAAACUCACAAAAGAAGAAUGAAUCUUGUCAUUUUUAGGUAUGUAUUGGAACAUUUAUCACGAAUAUGUCGAAUUCUAAAGCAGUCUGGUGGAAAUGCUUUGCUUGUUGGACUUGGAGGAAGUGGUCGUCAAUCUUUAACUCGUCUGGCUACAUCCAUGGCAAAAAUGCAGAUAUUCCAACCAGAAAUUUCUAAGAGCUAUGGUAUGAAUGAGUGGAGAGAAGACAUGAAGGUUCUCUUAAGGAAUGUGGGUAUGAGAGGCCAGAAGACAGUCUUUCUAAUCACGGACACUCAAAUAAAAGAGGAAGCUUUCCUUGAGGAUAUCGACAGUGUGCUCAACACCGGAGAAGUACCUAACAUUUUUGCAGCAGAUGAAAAACAAGAAGUGAUGGAGGGUGUCCGUCCUGUAGCUCAGGCUGGCAAUAAACAUGGUGAACUUAGUCCCUUAGCCCUGUUUGCUUUCUUUGUGAAUCGCUGCAAAGAUAAUCUUCACGUUGUAGUGGCCUUUAGCCCCAUUGGAGAUGCUUUUCGAAAUCGCCUGAGACAGUUUCCAUCCCUCAUCAAUUGCUGUACCAUUGACUGGUUUCAGCCAUGGCCUGAAGAUGCCCUUGAGCUUGUAGCUGUGAAAUUCUUAGAAACACUGGAGCUUACUGAAGUUGAACGACGAGAGAUAGUUCCAAUCUGCAAACAUUUUCAUACUUCUAUUAUGGAUCUUUCAGAAAGGUUCUUGCAGGAGUUAGGACGACAUAACUAUGUUACUGCUACUUCUUAUCUUGAACUUAUUGCCUCAUUUCGACAGCUGUUGACUCAGAAGCGACAAGCUGUUGUGGAAGCAAAACAAAGAUACGUGAAUGGGCUUGACCAACUAGCUUUUGCUGAAUCUCAGGUUGGUGAAAUGAAAUUGGAGCUAGUUCAGUUACAGCCCAAAUUGGAGGAAGCUAAAAUUGAAAAUGCACAUAUGAUGCAGGUUAUUGAGAUAGAGUCUGCACAAGUAGAAGCAAAAAGAAAGUUUGUGAAAUUAGAUGAAGAGGUAGCCAGUGGAAAGGCUGAAGAAGCCCAACUUCUGAAAAAUGAGUGUGAAAGUGACUUAGCUGAGGCAAUUCCAGCCUUGGAAGCAGCUCUUUCUGCACUGGAUACACUAAAGCCAUCUGACAUUACAAUUGUGAAAUCAAUGAAGAAUCCUCCAUCUGGUGUUAAGCUAGUUAUGGCUGCUAUUUGUGUCAUGAAAGAUAUAAAACCAGAAAAAAUUACAGAUCCUUCAGGAACUGGAGGAAAGAUAUUUGAUUACUGGGGUCCUAGCAAAAAACUUCUGGGAGAUAUGAAUUUCUUAAGAGAUUUGAAAGAAUAUGACAAGGACAACAUUCCAGUGAAUGUUAUGCAGAAGAUUCGUGGUGACUAUUUAACAAACCCUGAAUUUGACCCCCCUAAGAUUGCUAAGGCUUCUUCUGCAGCUGAGGGUCUGUGUAAAUGGAUCAUGGCUAUGGAAGUAUAUGACAGAGUUGCAAAGGUAGUGGCUCCUAAGAAAGCCCGUUUAACAGAAGCUCAGAAGUCCUUAGCUGAGAUAAUGGAAAUUUUGAAUCAGAAGAGAGCAGAAUUGGCAGAAGUUGAACAUCAUUUGGAAAAUUUACAAAAUAUUUUUUCUGAAAAAACUGAGGAAAAGGCUCGUUUAGAAGAUCAGGUGGAACUCUGUGCUAAGAAGCUUGAAAGAGCCUCAAAACUAAUUGGAGGACUGGGUGGAGAAAAAUCAAGAUGGUCUCAAGCUGCAGAUGACCUCCAAAUAGUAUAUGAAAAUUUGACUGGCGAUGUCUUGGUAUCAGCAGGAGUAAUAGCCUACCUUGGUGCUUUUACUUCUGGCUUUCGACAAACAUGUACAGAAAAUUGGAGCAGGUUGUGCAAGGAGAAAAAAUUCCCAUGUUCAGAGGAGUUCUCAUUGAGUAAGACCCUGGGUGAUCCAGUAAAAAUUAGAGCUUGGAAUAUUGCUGGAUUACCAACAGAUACUUUCUCCAUAGAUAAUGGAGUGAUUGUUAAUAACUCCAGGCGUUGGCCUUUAAUGAUUGACCCCCAGGGUCAAGCCAAUAAGUGGAUCAAAAACUCUGAGAAAGAUAAUCAGCUUAGUGUUAUUAAGCUAUCAGAUUCAGACUAUAUGAGAACACUGGAAAACUGUAUUCAGUUUGGAACUCCGCUUCUGUUAGAGAAUGUUGGCGAAGAACUGGACCCAUCUUUGGAGCCUUUACUACUUAGACAAACUUUUAAACAAGGUGGCAUUGAUUGUAUCAGGCUUGGUGAAGUCAUUAUUGAGUAUUCCUUUGAUUUCAAGUUUUAUAUCACCACAAAACUGAGAAAUCCACACUAUAUGCCAGAGCUAGCUACAAAAUUGUCUUUGCUCAAUUUCAUGAUAACUCCAGAAGGACUUGAAGAUCAGUUAUUAGGUAUUGUUGUCGCAAAGGAGAGACCAGAAUUAGAAGAGGAAAGAAAUGCUCUUAUUCUUCAGUCUGCAGCUAAUAAGAAACAGCUAAAAGAUAUAGAGAAAAGAAUUUUGGAAACAUUAUCAUCUUCAGAAGGGAACAUUUUAGAAGAUGAAAGUGCAAUUAAAGUCUUAGACUCUGCUAAAAUGAUGUCCAAUGAGAUAACAAAGAAACAGCAGAUUGCAGAAAAAACAGAACUCAAAAUAGCAGAGUCUCGAGAAGGAUAUAGACCUAUUGCUAAACAUUCAUCAGUAUUAUUCUUUAGCAUUGCAGACCUGGCUAACAUUGAUCCUAUGUACCAGUACUCUCUUAGCUGGUUCGUGAACCUUUAUAUCAACUCUAUUCAUGACAGUAACAGAUCAAAAAUCUUGGAAAAGCGCCUCCGAUAUUUAAAUGACCACUUCACAUACAACUUAUAUUGUAAUAUAUGCCGAUCGCUAUUUGAGAAGGACAAGCUGUUGUUUUCCUUUUUAUUAUGUGCAAAUCUCCUUCUGGCAAAGAAAGAGAUCGACUACCAGGAACUUAUGUUUCUUUUAACUGGAGGAGUGAGUCUUAAGAGUGCUGAGAAAAAUCCUGAUCCAACAUGGUUACAGGAUAAAAGCUGGGAGGAAAUUUGUCGUGCUAGUGAAUUUCCUGCCUUCCAAGGACUCAGGUCACAUUUUUGUACAUAUAUAGAUGAAUGGCAGAAAAUAUAUGACAGUAAAGAGCCACACAAUGCUGUUUUACCAGAACCAAUGAAUCAGACGCUAAAUGAACUACAGAAAAUAAUAAUUCUUCGGUGCUUAAGACCCGAUAAGAUAACUCCAGCUAUAACAAAUUAUGUAACUGACAAACUGGGGAAAAAGUUUGUAGAGCCUCCACCAUUUGAUUUGACAAAGAGUUACUGGGAUUCAAAUUGCACUAUUCCCUUAAUUUUUGUGCUAUCUCCUGGAGCAGAUCCCAUGGCCAGCCUGCUGAAAUUUGCAAAUGAUAAAGCUAUGACUGGAAAUAAAUUUCAAGCUAUUUCACUGGGACAGGGACAAGGACCAAUUGCAACAAAAAUGAUUAAAGCAGCAAUAGAAGAAGGAACUUGGGUUUGCCUACAGAAUUGUCACCUUGCUGUCUCCUGGAUGCCCAUGUUGGAAAAAAUAUGUGAAGAUUUUUCCCCUGAUGUCUGUAACUCAUCCUUUAGGCUUUGGCUUACAAGUUAUCCAUCUCCAAAAUUCCCCGUAACAAUUCUACAAAACGGAGUGAAAAUGACUAAUGAACCUCCUACGGGUCUUCGGCUAAAUCUCCUCCAAUCAUAUCUCACUGAUCCAAUUUCUGAUCAUCAUUUUUUUAAUGGAUGCCAUGGAAAGGAGUUGGCAUGGGAGAAGUUGCUGUUUGGAGUUUGUUUCUUUCAUGCCCUCGUACAAGAGAGAAAGAAAUUUGGUCCUCUUGGUUGGAAUAUUCCAUAUGGAUUUAAUGAAUCAGACUUACGCAUCAGUAUUCGACAACUGCAGUUAUUUAUAAAUGAAUAUGACACAAUUCCAUUUGAAGCUAUCUCUUACCUGACUGGGGAGUGUAAUUAUGGAGGAAGAGUGACAGAUGAUUGGGACAGACGGCUCCUCUUAACCAUGCUGGCUGACUUUUAUAAUACACACAUAAUUGAAAACCCUCAUUAUAAAUUUUCUCCCAGUGGAAACUAUUUUGCACCUCCCAGAGGCACCUAUAAUGAUUACAUUGAAUUCAUUAAGAAACUUCCAUUUACUCAACACCCUGAGGUAUUUGGAUUACAUGAAAAUGUUGAUAUCUCCAAAGACCUUCAACAAACAAAAGUCCUCUUUGAGUCCUUGCUUCUCACCCAGGGAGGCUCCAAACAGACAGGAUCUUCAGGAAGUACUGACCAGAUUCUAUUUGAAAUUAGCAGAGAUAUUCUCCAAAAGCUACCAAAUGAUUUUGACAUUGAAGCAGCCCUGUUGAAAUAUCCUGUGAGCUAUGAAGAGAGCAUGAAUACUGUGUUAGUACAAGAAAUGGAAAGAUUUAACAAUUUAAUUAAAACUAUACGUAGCACUCUACAGGACCUCGAGAAAGCUAUUAAGGGUGUGGUUGUAAUGGACUCUGCAUUGGAGGCACUCUCCGGAAGUUUGCUUGUUGGAAAAGUUCCAGAAAUAUGGGCCCAACGAUCAUAUCCAAGUCUUAAGCCCCUAGGAAGUUACAUCACAGAUUUUUUAGCCCGGUUGAACUUUUUACAGGACUGGUAUGAUUCAGGAAAACCUUGUGUAUUUUGGCUCUCUGGUUUCUUUUUCACCCAAGCCUUUUUAACUGGAGCUAUGCAGAAUUAUGCCAGAAAAUAUACCAUCCCUAUUGAUUUACUAGGAUAUGAAUUUGAGGUUAUUCCUUAUGAUAAAUCUGAGACAUCACCAGAAGAUGGAGUUUACAUCCAUGGAUUAUAUCUCGAUGGAGCACGCUGGGACAGACCAAGUGGAUUACUUGCCGAACAAUAUCCCAAACUUCUGUUUGACCUGAUGCCUAUCAUAUGGAUAAAACCAAAUCAAAAGGAUCAGAUUGAGAAGUCGAAUGCCUAUAUCUGUCCCCUCUACAAGACAAGUGAACGUAAAGGAACUCUUUCCACGACAGGACAUUCUACUAACUUUGUCAUUGCAAUGUUGUUAAAAACGGACCAACCCGUUCAACACUGGAUCAAGCGUGGGGUUGCUUUGCUUUGUCAGUUGGAUGACUAAAUUGGACAAAUUUAACAAAAUAUCUGAAGCAAAAAAAAAAUACCAUGUCUUCACAUACUUCAAAAUAUAUAUAUAAUAAAACCAAGUAUCUUGGUAUCAUUCUUAAGUGGUCUUUGUGAAAGGUCUUUGCAUAGCUCUCCUCCCUGAUAUAUCA